GAAGGAGAGAGAGUAGGUGAACGGUGACACAAAGAGGACAGGGAACAGUGACGCCCGGCACAGGCAGAGGGCAGGGAACGGUGACGCCCGACACAUGCAGAGGACAGAGGAAACAUGCAGAGGGCAAAGGAACAGGGAGAUGCCCAGCUCAUGCAGAGGGCAGGGGAACGGCGAUGCCAGACACAGGCAGAGGGCAGGGGAAUGGUGAUGCCCGGCACAUGCAGAGGGCAGGGGAACGGUGAUGCCUGGCACACGCAGAGGGUAGGGGGCACACACAGAGGGCAGGGGAACAGCGACACCUGACACACACAGAGGGCAGGGAGCACACGCAGAGGGCACGGGAACAGCGACGCCCAGCACACCCAGAGGGCAGGGGGCACACGCAGAGGGCAGGGGAACAGCAACGCUCGGCACAUGCAGAGGGCAGGGGGCACACACAGAGGGCAGGGGAACAGCGAUGCCCAGCACACGCAGAGGGCACGGGAACAGUGACGCCCAGCACACGCAGAGGGCAGGGGGCACACACAGAGGGCAGGGGAACAGCGACGCCCAGCACAUGCAGAGGGCAGAGGAACAGCAACGCCCAGCACACGCAGAGGGAAGGGGGCACACGCAGAGGGCAGGGGAACAGCGACGCCCGGCACAUGCAGAGGGCAGAGGAACAGCAACGCCCGGCACACGCAGAAGGCAGGGGGCACACACAGAGGGAAGAAGAACGGUAACACCUGACACACACAGAGGGCAGGGACCACACGCAGAGGGCAGGGGAACAGCAACGCCCAGCACACGCAGAGGGCAGGGGGCACACACAGAGGGCAGGGGAACAGCGACGCCCAGCACACGCAGAGGGCACAAGAACAGUGACGCCCGGCACAUGCAGAGGGCAGGGGGGCACACGCAGAGGGCAGGGGAACAGCGACGCCCGGCACAUGCAGAGGGCAGAGGAACAGCAACGCCCGGCACACGCAGAGGGAAGGGGGCACACGCAGAGGGAAGAACGGCAACACCUGACACACACAGAGGGCAGGGAGCACACGCAGAGGGCACGAGAACAGUGACGCCCGGCACAUGCAGAGGGCAGGGGGCACACGCAGAGGGCAGGGGAACAGAGACGCCCGGCACACGCAGAGGGGAGGGGGCACACGCAGAGGGCAGGGGAACAGUGACACCCAGCACACGCAGAGGGGAGGGGGCACACGCAGAGGGCAGGGGAACAGUGACACCCAGCACACGCAGAGGGGAGGGGGCACACGCAGAGGGCAGGGGAACAGUGAUGCCCAGCACACGCAGAGGACUAGGCACCUUCCUUGGUAAAUGUGGGGCCUGGGACGGGCUCUCGGGAGGCCAUGCCCACAUGUUCCCCAGUGACAGAGGCUUCUCUCCCCACUACCUAGACAGACAGUGGCUGGAAGGGCUCAGUGCUGCUCGGGGUGGUGGUGCAGGUACCAGGGCUCUGGGGAUGUUGAUGAAAGAACUUUUGGGCCCUGCUCCCCCGCUGGGGCCUGAACCAGUCACUAACCCCAGAGCUCAGUCACUCCCCGUUUGCCCCAGAGCUCCCCUGGGGUACAGGCCCCCUUCCGUGCAGCCAGGGGGUCUGUCCAGCUGAGCCCCGAGCCUGUCCGCAGACAGGGAUGGUGCAGGGGCGUUC